CGAGAGAGAGAGAGGGGCGAGAGAGGUUAUGUUCGUUUAAGAAAUUUAACCAGCAAUCAGUAACGUUUUCUGUCUUCAUAGAAUUGUAUUGUGUCAUGUUUGACUACGUUUUAUGCGUUGAUAUUCCUUCUUCUGCAUUGUAUAAAUACAAUAUAACAAAAAGCUCUUUGAGGACUCGCGAAAGACUGAUAUCAAGACAAAGAGAUCGAGGAAAAGAUCGUAAAGUGAUUCAAUAAGUUUCAUAUGUCACGUGUAAUGUCUUCAGAAGAAAUGUCAAAACAAGUGGGUGUGUUCGAAAUAGAUAAAUGUAUCUCAUCUCGAUUAUGGUACACGUCUCUGAGUGUUUUUCAAGCAAACAGUGGCUCCUUAAGAGAAUUUAAUCACAAUUGUAGCGUCAACUUGACAGAGUUAGAGGCUAUAGUCGAAAGUUUGAUUCAUUCUCCAAGUGAGGAACAAUACCAAUGGGUUGCCUAUAUUUUGCUAUGGAAACUUAUGAACAAGUCUUCGAAUGUAGAAUGUGAUAUACACCGCAAUAUUCAGACACAACUUGACUAUAUACAAAUGAGAAAUGCUAUAGACCUAUGUGGCAAUGCACCAGAUUAUGUGUACAAGGAAUUAUUAAUGUUCCUUAGCGAUGUAAACAUAAAACAUAGUACAAAAGUAGUAACUAUAUCCCAGCAGACUCUCACAUUCCUAAAAGAGAAUAUAUAUGUCCAUGCAGGAAUUGUAUGUUGGAUUGUGAACAAAUUAAUGUCCAUAGUUCCAGACAUAUUGUGCGGUGUCAUUGAUGAUUUACAAGAUAUUUAUUUUUCUACAUUGAAAUUGUGUUUAGAACAUAUUUCAGUCAGAAAAAAUUGGCACUCCAGAGAUGAAGUACUUGAAUCUUGUUCUCUAGAAGCUGGACCAACUAAUCAAAAUAAUCAUUUGCAAACAGUAUUAUGUCUUUUAUUGCAAAUGGAUAUAAAUGCAGAUGCUGAGAUGGAAUUUCUAAAAACAUUUUAUCCUAUAUUAUCAAAAAUGUAUAAUGUUAAAGAUAUCGAACUUUCAUUGUACUCAAGGAAAAGUGGAAAACUAUUUAGUGAAUGGCUCUUGUUUUGGGAUAAAACACAUGCAUGUUCUGAAAGCAUUACUACUUUGGAUAUGGCAUAUAAAAUCGGUGAAAAUAUAUUUAAAUUAACAGAAAAUUCUAAAAUACUUUUAUGCAAACAAGAAUUACUCAAGAGGAUAAGUACAAGAAAAUUGCACUGGUUGAGUGAUAUUUUGGACAUUUGUUAUAUUUUAACUGUAAAUAGGAGGUACAGUGAAGUGGAAUUAUUGUUAUCAUGUGAUUUACUAAAGAGAUUGCAUCUGAUUUUAUUGUUGAAAGCAUUAAAUGACUGUCCACACGAAGAAAUUAAUUCCCUUGAAAACUGUGAUAAUAGUAUUUUCAUUUGUGAAUCUAUAAAGUUCUUAUUAGAGAAGUGUUAUUCAGAUUUACACAAUGAUUAUGAUUUAAAUGAAUUCUAUACACUCUUAAAGAACCACAUUGGGAUUGUGGAAUAUAUAUUAUAUUGGAAAAGAAAAUAUUUUAAGAGAUCAGACAUUAAAGAGUUAAGAAAUAUGCAAUCUGAUGCAAUUGAACAGAUAGUAUCCGUGAAAUGGAUUCUCUCCCUUUUGCAGAAACACAAUGUGCUUUCUGUAUUGAAGAUAACGACAAAUAUACAUGAUCAAGAUCAUAGUGCCAUUCGAGAUCUGUUGAUAGAAUCUACUGAAUCUGAAAACUUUCAAGCAUAUUGCAGUAUAGUAAGUGCUCUAAAAGCCAUUUUAUUGUGCGAAUCUUAUAGCAUGGAACAUGAACAGAUUACAAAAUGUUUCACUGACAUGAUGGCAUACUUAUGCUCUUUGUUCCCAUUGUCCUUGAGGAUAGAGACAAUGGAGAAUAUAUUUUCACUAUUGUUUCUGCGCCAUGAAGACUUUAAUGUUACAAACACUAAUUCCAAAGAUGACAACUGCAAUGUAUCACUUGAGAGGACAGGUAAUAAUAAGUCAGUGGAAUAUGAAAGGUCAGGUUUUAUAUCCAAUAAAUAUGCCAUAAGGGACAUGCUGCAUUACUUGUGGGAAAGUACUUUAGCUACAACGCAAGAAAUCGAUAAAUUGCAAAUACUCAGAAAACACGAGGAGGUGCAGUAUCUUCGUGAAAGGAUAUUCCUCUUUACGUCAGCACUAACAGACGCACGAUGGAGACUGAAAUUUUAUAUGAAAUCUGACUUUGUCGAAAACGUUGAUACUCCGCAAGAUGAGUCUCAUCAUUCUUCUGCUGCAAGUAAAGUAGAACCUGUAGUUUCUCCAAAAUUAAAUUUCCCGCACCGCAUCAAGGGCAAUACGUUCUUUUAUAAAGAGAGCAGUACUUCAGACGAGGUUAAAAUUAAAUCGGACAGCAGCUCGGAGUCGGGCUUAUUAGGAGGCAGUGUUAGACGCAGAAAAUGUUCGAGAAAUGCUACGGUAACAGCAGAUUCUUCGACAGCGAAAGACAGACCAUCGCUGAUUAACUUAAUGUUGGCCUCACAGGAGAGUUUGGCUUUGCAUUGCUUAUGGAGAAAUGAUCUUCAAAUGGCACAGGAAGUAAUCGAGAUGUUCCACAUGGAAAACACGCAAUUGGACAGCGCGGUCCGAUUUUCCGAGGCUCUUCACGCGUUCAAGCAGGAUACAUUUAAGUAUGCUUACACGUUAGAUACGACAGAUUCUCCUAAGGAAAGUCAAAAGACUUCCAUGUUAGAGAAUAUAAGACUAGUUGCGCAGGAAGGUGUGCAAUCCUCUAGACAUACCAACCAACUAGAAACACUUCUGGCAUCUCAGAAGCCGCACUUACAAAUGCUAAACGAAGAUAUUCUAAACAGCAACGAGAUGCUGACACUCAGCGUGCUCGAUCUGAGCUUAACUAUAGGCCAAACGUAUCAGAUAUCGAAUAAUCUUUGCGACGUGGCUAUGAAGUAUUUGAAAUUGUGCGAAUCGCUUGACAACACAGAACACGCGAGCUUCUUUCUGAAGAUCUAUCAGUUGUUUUAUGAGAGCAAGAGCAAUAUGUCGGUGACAACUAUACUGUGCGACGUGAGAAUUCCAUUGUCCAUAAAAGAGUGGAGGGAAAACAAUAUCUUUUGGAGCGAUUUCAGGAAUAAUUAUUGCACAUUUGACGACAUUGAGAGAACAAAGACUGAUGUCGAGGGGCAAUCUCAUGACAAUAAUCGCCUCCUGGGAUUGAACACGCUAAAAAAGAUGUCCGCUAUUUAUAGUAGCGAUCGAAGAUACCUACAAAAUAUCCAUUCUCACUUACAGUUUCUAUAUACUAUUAUCCCUGACGCAAACAAUGAUGCUAGCAUACAGACAGUGACUGAUUUAUUAAAAACGCCGUUGCAUCGUUACUUCGGCUAUCAAAUAUUCGAUUUGCAAACAGAGCCGCAUAAACUCGAAACGAUCGCCUCUAGUUUGCAAGUGAAUUUAAUCUACAGUAUUCUUGUGAACACGUGCCCCAAUAUUUCCUGCUGCAACGAGAGAAGUUAUACCAGUAUCGAGGACUAUGGAUGCGUUAUACUAAACUGGAAUCGAAUCAAAUCGGAUACGAAGAACGUAGCGAUUAAAGGACCAAAUCAAUGUGUUUCGGAAAUACUGACAGAACUCUUGCAAGUCUUGCGUAACGUGAGUUCACAAUCUCGUCUAGACAACUCAUACUUGAGGAAUAUCUCCAAUCAUACCGACGUGCAAACUGUACUAGAUAAAACGUCGAGCUUCGCCACUCUCGAUCUCAGCGAAUUGUCCGUGGGGGACGAAACGUUGACGUUUUUCUUGAACGUGUGGAACGUGAUGUUCCUCCAUGCUUGCUUGAGCAUAUGGUGCAACGAUCCGUCUUUCGAUAGCCUGAGACAUAUGGUCUCCUCAGUAUCGAUCGGCUACGUAAUUGGAGAUCUGGGUCUGGUGACACUCGCCUCCCUUAGAUCGAAGUUACUGGGCAAUCUCAUGAAUGAGCUGAAGUUCUUCACGCGAGUCGAGGAGCUCAAUGAGUUGGCGUGGCAGGACCUGGACCUCGUGCAGAAUCCGAAAGUCGUCUUUGCCAUGGCCAAUGAAUUUUAUGGGACGCCUGAAAUUCGUGUGUACGAGACACAGACAUUAAACAAGAGCUUGAACGAUGCAAUACGUGAUUAUAUCUCUCACUACUCAACAAAAUCUCCCUACGAUGAUUCCACGCCUGAGCUGACAAAACAGAAAAUCACUCUGCCUGAUUUGGUGCGACAGUAUCGGAACGCGUUAUCGCAAAACGCUAGUACUGGCGUGGGCGCCAACGGGAAUUCAAUGGAUGGACUUGAGACAUUAGAGGAUACCGACGUAGAAUACAUUGCGUCCAGUUAUGCCUACGAAGUGAUACUGGAGUAUGUCGAACAUAACGCGCCCGUCGUUAGAAUCACGAACGCCACGGAAAUGUCACUUUGGCAAACUCGAAGACUGAGGCCUAAUUUGCUGCAAUACCUGGAGAGCCGUUGCUGGCUUCUUUCUUAUCUUCUGCAGAGGAUGCAUAACGAAAAUACGACGAUCCUGGAGAACAAUUACGACAAUACAAGGCGCACCGCUUGUCUGGAGAACCUGCUGAAUUCCUUAUGGGUGCAGAAGUUGAAACCGCUGUUCAACGGUAAUCAGACUCUCGCCGCCAUUCACGAUAGCGUACCCGUGCACGAAUUAUGGAGAUAUUUCGAGCACGAAGGUGACAAUCGUAACUGGGAAAGCUCCUUGGAGAUGUUGAAUGCCCUGGCCGACAACGUUACGAGAUACAACACGGAGUUGCUGCGUUUCAAGGAUUUGAUUUUGAGUCACGUGCUCUCCAAUCUAGCUGUCCUCUCCACCACGAAAGUGCUGCAAUAUUUGUAUCAGAUCAAAGACAUACAUAUAUUGGCGCAGACGAUAUUGCACAAUAUUAAUAAGUGGCCCAUGAACAUGUGCGAGCAUGCUUUGUUCCAUGCAUUGCAGCACGAGCACAGUCACAGAUUGCCGACGCACUGCAAACACCGGAUGAACAGUAUUUUGUGCAGAAUAACGAUCUUUCACAAAAUGAUUCCGUACUGCGUGAGCAAGUCGAACAGCACGUGGUACGACGUCGUUUACUGCACGGAGAAGAUCGACCCGUUCCAGAUCAUCAAGUCUUUGAUCAAUGCGGAUCAGUUCGAGCUGUGCUUGGAGUGGCUGGAGUGCCAAGCGUUUUCCUUAGAGAUACCACCCUCGAUGAUACAAGAUUUUCUAAUCGGUCUCUUAAAGAACGAACAGGGAGACUUUGAUCAAGCUCUUAAGUUUCUCCAAGCAUUACCAUUAAGUCAAUCUAUGAAGGUGUGCAAAGGAGUCCUUAAAAAGUUGGAAUCCACUAGCGCGUUGAAGUUCGUCGCUAAUUAUUUGUUAGAACGCUGUAGAGCGACAGAGAAGUCCAAGUACCGGAAAACCUUAGUAGGAGUGGACAUUUUAAAGAUUCUGGAAAGUAAAGAGAGAGCGCUGUAUAUUCAUCUGAUCAAGGAACCACUACUGAUGUUAGAACAAUUGCUAAUGAACUGUAAAUUCGAAAGUAUUCAAAAAGUUUUAUUCACUUUACACGAGGACUUGCAACAUCCAGAUAUGAAUAUCGGCAAUUUCGACAAAGUAAUAAGAUUGUACGCCAAAAAGUCGCUAGACUUUCGCGUGUCGCUCCAACGCGAUGGUAUCGAAAAUAAAAGCAAGAAUGUCCCGCAAUCCAAUGUUGAGGCGGAGAAUAACGAAUUUGUCAUGCCCGUAAAUGUGCCCACUAAGGAAGAAUGGGUACCUAACGACAAGGCAAGGGAAUGCAGUUGCUGCGAGGCGGUGAUAUUCUCGAUGUUCAACAGACGACACCACUGUAGGAGAUGCGGUCGCGUUAUCUGCGCCAUAUGUUCUCAGCAUCGUAUGCAAGUCGCCGGCUACCCGGCCUCUGUUCCCGUACGCGUCUGCGAUGACUGCAAGCGUCAAACAGUACUGCAAAUGCGAGCGGUGCAGGAUGCACCGUCGACACCCAGCAGCGAGGCAUUUGAUUAUUGGCGAUUAACCAAAGAUGAGAGACAUAAUCGUACCAUAAGAGAGGAAUUCUCGUUCGAAUACGCACCGAAUAUUUCACUGUGCCUUGCUAUUCUUAACUUGCACUCCGACCAUAAGAUGUACACCAGCUUCUUGCUGGACUGUUGCCACGAAAUGAAGCAAUUGCUCCAACCUGUUGGCGGCGGUAGGAUAAAUCCCGAAAUCGAUCACGCGGUGAUCAUCAAGAUGAUACGCUCCCUACUAGUCGCGGCUAAAGUGAAGUGCGCAAAGCUUGGCUUCAACACCGGCCUCGCGCACUGCGAUCGCUUCCUCUCGCAGGUGGACCUCAUCGCGACGUUAGUCCAGUCCGAUUGCUUGGCUCUCAUACCAAAAGACGAUCUGAACGAGCACACGCUCAGGAAGUUGCGCGAUCUCCUCACUGAAAAGGAGCAGUGGACGUUAGCUUUGGACGUCAGCACUAAAGGGGGAUUGGACACACAAGGAGUGUGGGCCGCGUGGGGCAAAGCGUGUCUGAAAGUGGGAUACUUUGAGCAGGCGAGAGAAAAAUUGCAUCAUUGCCUCGACAAGAUUGUGCAGGAAGAUUUCGACGGUUGGGUGAUGCUGACGUAUUCCAAGGAUCCGGCCGAGGAAGGCAGGAGAGAAGUGGUCGAGAUGACGUCCACACCGAAGAGGAGCAAAGCGUCGGACGAGGACGAAAAGGUGAGCGAGAGCGGUCACUCGAAAAGGAAUGAGUUUUCCAAGUGCCGGCCGCUGAAAGAUCCACCGCUGUUAACGGAGAUCCUGCAAAUCUUGGACAAUUUGAGCAUGCAUCGGUCUCGGGCGCAAUAUCCGUCGCAAUCCGUAUCUGACACGGCGCAAGAGAUCCUGCAAACACUCAACAGCUUGAAAGCCGUCAGUCAGAAUCAGUUUAACGCCAAGCACUUAACUAGUCAAACGAUUUAUUAUCAAGAAAGUUUGUAUUAUUUAUUGAUGUAUGGAAGCUACAGCUCCAUUUUGCAGUUCUUCUUAAAGCACAAGGAGUUUGAUAAGUGCCUCAUGUAUAUUCACGAAAAUGAUUUGGAACGCGACUUGUUUCUUAACAAAGUUUACUUAUACUGUCUGAAAAACGGCGACACCGCGGAUCUUCACGACGUGAUGAAAACGAAGGAUCCCACUCUGUUCAUGUGGAGAAAGUAUCUCAUGCACGUCUGCCAUUUUAUGGAGAGGAAACAGUAUUGGCACAUUUUGUAUCAGUUACAGCUGUUUAUGAGAGACUGCAUCAGAGCGUCGAUGACGUGCAUCCGUUUUUAUAUCAACGAAGCGAACACUUACUCAGAUCUGCACAAUAAGGUACAUCUGUUACAAGACGCUCAGAGACACUUGGAGUCGGAACUGCAAAUCGAAAGCUUGAACAAACGAAAGAAAAGCACGUGCUCCAUUUAUAACAGUCAAGGUGUUCUGGCGAUGGAGAUGGAGCCGUCAGAGAUAGACAGGCAUAUCAACACUAUAUGCAGACAGACGGAAAUCGCGAAAUUCUUGGCAAACUGCGAGAGAGAAGAAAGAGCGACUGUUGAAUUCUUGAAUCUCUUUCCGGAUGUCGAUACCGAUAAUUCGCAUACACGUCAAUUGCCCACGUUAUUCGGCGAUCAACAAGAGAAAAUACAUUUAGCGGUCCUGGCUGUAUUGUGCGGCCGUGAUAUCGAGGAAGGAUUUGGCAUAGCUUUCAGGAUAAUGCAAGACUAUAAUCUUCCACAACAGAAGGUAUAUUCCCUAGCUGGUCAUGUGUUAGCUUUGAAAAAUAACAUAGCUGAGAUUGAACAAUUAAUCAAGUGCUGUCGCAGUUCUGGAGCACCCAAUGCCUAUGUCAUUUCUGACCAUGUUUUGACACAUUGCGUAAAAUUACUGUUAAAUCGUUCGUACAGCACACAGGACCUGGUUCUCAAAAAUCAUAUUGACACAUUAGUCAGGCUAAUAAUAGAUAUAGAACUUAGGAUAAACGCCUAUAUCGAAAGUAAACAAUUGAAGGCUGCGUAUCUACUUGCUGUUAAACAUUCUAGAGCGCAAGAUAUAAGAAAAAUCUUGAAAGAAUCAGAUAGGCUUGGCCAAAGUGCAAUCAAAGCUAUAUGUUUAAAAUGGCUGCAACAAGAACCAAAGGAAUGAACUUAGGAUAUACACGAAGUUAAAUAUGCUAUAUUGUAUAUGGAUAUAUAAAGUUAAGAUAAAUAUAUGAAUACAAUCUACAACUGUGAUUGAUGAGAUGAAACUUGAUUAUAUUGCGCACACUUGGCACAUACGAGGCGCAAAAACAGGAAUGUAUACGAGAAAUACAUUUUAAAUACUAAAAAAAGUAAAAUUUUAUAAAUGUUUGUACAAUUAUCUCACUUAUUUUACCUUAAAUAAUUUUCUUAAUGCAACAAUUGACUUUUCUACUUUGAAAAUGACAUAAACAAAGAUUCGAAACUUACAGAGAAUUAAUUAAGAAUAAAUAAGAUUAAAAAUUAAGUUAUAGAAAUGAUCAGUUUUAUUAUUAUUUAUUUUAGUGCAUAGCUUCAUGUGCAGUUAGUUUCAGAAUUUUACUUAUGCCAUUUUCAACAUAAACAAUUUAGAAGCAUUAAUAUUUUAUAAUAAAACAAUUUCCCUGUCCUUCUUCUUUCUCAAGUGUAUAGAUGUUAAAUAGUGUGAAUUCUCCAUAUUUAUAUCAAUAUUUAAAGAAACUAGAAAUGUGUGAUAUUUUUAUGGAAUCUUCAAGUAGUAAAGCAUAUAGCUUACUAUUGUUUAUCUUCCAUCAAUGCUGAUAACCUUUCUUCAUACUUCUCAACAAACUUACUGUCCAUAUCUUUGAGACUUGCUAAGAAAGAAUCUUUCUCAGAUUGUGUCCAUGUAUUGCUCCAUUUUCUGAAGAUUUCAACGCGACACUGGAACAGGCUUGGGUACCUAUCUGAGCCUUCACAACUCAAAUUCUCCAUCUCAGAUAGUAGCCCAUUCAUAAGCUUUUCUGGAGGGGCCCAAAACUUCAGCAACACUUCCAAGAAAUCACCACGUUGCAUCUCUGACCACUCUUGAAACCAUGAUGUCAUGUAACGUAGUUGAGCUUCCUUUGAUAUUUUGGUACACAUUUUCUCACUUAAAAAAA